AUGAUACAUAAUCAGCACCACCACUAUCACCACAUGUUUUUAAACCAAAUACCAAUGGUAAGAAGAGAAGUCAUCAGCACACCUGUUCGCACCACAGUUAUAGAAAGAGGGAGUAUGCCAAUUGCUUCAGUGGUAUUUAAAACAGAAGAUCUAGCAGCGGCAGUAUGUGCAGUGUUAUUACUUGGAGGAUUAGUACUUCUAUUAAACUAUUUGAAGCAUUUAUACGAUACUAAAUACAAUAUACCAAGAACGUUUAGUCAGAGCUCUGGAUCUACAAACCCAAGAGGGAACCAAGAUGCUCCUCCUGCUUAUACAGAGUUUGAUUUAAAUAACGAUCAGCAAGCAUCAGCUAUACCCGAGAAGGACAAUUUAUUUUAUGAACCAACAGCACCAACAGAAACAAUAGAAAUAAUAGAAACAAUAGAGCCAACAGCACCCUAUGAUGUUUAG